GAGACAGCAGCUGUCAGUCACGUGCCUGUCGUCAGCAUACGCGAGCUGUGUUAUAAACACCGAUGGGGAGUUAAUCGGUGUGUGAUUAUGUUCCAGAAUCAGCUGUAUUUACAGUAAUCGACUGUUUCUGACUCUUCUGUCGUGUGUGGUAGAGCGCUCGUGUAGAGCUGAGCUGAGUUCAGCAGAGGAACACCAGCAGCGAGAGUCAUCGCAGUAUUUAUCUGAGAGUCAUUAUCGGGAAGUGACGAACAAAAACAAGAUCUUACAGACACUCGGCGACUGUCUGCCUUAGAGGUUUGUUUGGACGCUCGAGACACUCAAAAACACACGACUGUCUUCGAGCUGUACACAGGAUCCAACGAAGUUAGCAUCUGUGCAUGACCGGCGGAGUACUGUGAUCUACCCUGGUAAAGUGAAAUGUCCAGCACAGCCAUGAAGAAGAAGGUGCUGUUGAUGGGGAAGAGCGGAUCAGGAAAGACCAGCAUGAGGUCCAUCAUAUUUGCCAACUACAUCGCCAGAGACACUCGCCGCCUCGGAGCCACAAUCGAUGUGGAGCACUCUCACGUGAGGUUUCUGGGUAAUCUGGUGCUGAACCUGUGGGACUGCGGCGGACAGGACACGUUCAUGGAGAACUACUUCACGAGUCAGAGAGACAACAUCUUUCGCAACGUGGAGGUGCUGAUCUACGUGUUCGAUGUGGAGAGCCGCGAGCUGGAGAAGGACAUGCACUACUAUCAGUCGUGUCUGGAAGCCAUCCUGCAGAACUCUCCUGACGCCAAGAUCUUCUGCCUGGUGCACAAGAUGGACCUGGUGCAGGAGGACCAGAGAGACCUGAUCUUUAAAGAGCGGGAGGAUGAUCUGAAGAGACUGUCUCGGCCGCUGGCCUGCACCUGCUUCAGAACGUCUAUUUGGGACGAGACGCUGUAUAAAGCCUGGUCCAGCAUCGUCUAUCAGCUCAUUCCUAACGUGCAGCAGCUCGAGUGCAACCUGCGCAACUUCGCUCAGAUCAUUGAGGCAGACGAAGUCUUGCUUUUCGAAAGAGCUACUUUCCUGGUGAUCUCUCAUUAUCAGUGUAAGGAGCAGCGAGAUGCCCAUCGCUUCGAGAAGAUCAGUAACAUCAUCAAGCAGUUCAAGCUGAGCUGCAGUAAGCUGGCCGCCUCUUUCCAGAGCAUGGAAGUGCGCAACUCUAACUUCGCCGCCUUCAUCGACGUGUUCACGUCCAACACCUACGUCAUGGUGAUCAUGUCAGACCCGUCCAUACCGUCCGCCGCCACCCUCAUCAACAUCAGGAACGCCAGGAGACACUUCGAGAAGCUGGAGCGUGUGGAUGGGCCCAAGCACAGUCUGCACAUGCGCAUGCGCUAGCCUCGCCGCGUACAGCAGCUCUUGGUGGUUUUCUUGUUCUCAGGGUGGUGGAGGAUCCAGAAGACUUCCUCCAGUCUUGCUGACUUCACUUGCGUCCAGUGUUUCUGCUGAGUCACCUUCUGUUAACAUGUUUGAUUUCCUCGCUGAUGUCGCAAAGGAACAGUAGUUCUUAAUCAUAAACCACGGGUCGAGGGCUUGAAUGUCAUCUUGACUGCUUCAUUUCUGAUUUCUGUGCCAUACGGUGACUGCUGAGUUAUAGUCAGGAACGCUCUGUGUGUGUCUCUCAUGUGAAGCAUUAUCAGCUUGCUGUACUGUGUCUGCAGAUGUUGAAAAUCUGUGACUAAAACUCAUCUUUCUGAAUUAACAACUUGAUCUACAAAUUAUUCUAUUAUAAUUAUUCUUAAUAAAUACAGACUGUUCUGUAA